ACUUCCAGGGGUGGGGUCAGCCUCCACCAGGCAGGUACCACCUUGACCCCACCCCCCGGGGAAAGUCUCCCCUUCCAACUGUAAUUCCAGUUAGAACAUCACAUCUGACUUAAAGCUGACCUUUCUGUUACGAUAUGGAUGCCCCAGGGGAAGGGGCCUACUCCUGCCUGAGAACACCAUGCUUGCAGGAGCACUGCACUGAGUCAGCCCUCCACUGGACAGAAGGGGCAGGGACACCGAGAAGCCUCACCACAGACACAGCACUGAGUCCAGGGGCGAAGUUCAUGCCCUGUGAAGACCCACAGAUGACACCAGGUCUCCAGGCCUGUGGAGCCCCAGGCCUGGGCUUUGGCAGCAUCCCCGGGCCUGACCCAGAAGCAGCCCUCAUUCCUAACUCCAAUCCACCCUCGAGUCCUGGCUGGGCCCUUGCUCCAGACCUGAAUCCAUCUCUGAGUCCUGAUCCAGGGGAGGUCUCUGGCCUAGUGACUGAUGACACCCCCAGACUUUCUGGCAGCAGGGCCAUGACUCCAGCCUCCCUCCAGAACACCACUUCCGGUUGUGUGUCAACCCUGGACACGAAUGUGAAUCACACGUCUAGGCUGGACCCACAGGGGCCCCCAUCUCCAGCCUUAAGCCCCCCUCCCAGUCCUGGCUCCCCUGAGCCCACUGAUCCAGGUUCCAGGAACCCUUCUAGGCAGAGUUCUGAAGAGGCCUUCCCGUCCCCCUCCGGCAGCAAGUCUUUUGGUUUGGGUCAGAGUAACUCCAACCCUUCCAGGCCUGAAUCAAACCCAUUUAUAAGGCUCCAUUCGAGAGAAAGCCUGACUCUAGACCACCACCUCUCCAGGCUGGGCUCACAAGCGCUGCUCCUGCCGGCCUCUGACACGUCUCUGGCUUCCGACUCCAGCCAGCCCUUUGGCCUGGGCAGUCGAAGCAUCUCCAAGCAGAGCCUGAACAUUGCUACACAUUCUUGGGAGGCCCUCAUCCCAGACACAAAUGAGCCAGCCACUUUGGUGUCCCACAAGCUCUCCGAGUAUGUUCUGAAAAGAGCCUUUGGGGGAACCUGGAGCACAGCUUCUCAGGAGACAAUCAACGUGACUUUAAAUGGCCAACCCACGCCCACUCUGAACAUGACUGUUAUCCAGGCCUCGAGCCUGACGCUGAUCCCCACCUCCAGUGAUCACAGCAGCCUGCACUCCAGUGCCCACGGGCCCAAUUUGGCCCACUCUCCACCCUCAUGCUUGACCGUGGUCCUCGGCUCCAAGGAGACCCUGAGUGCGGGCUCCAGCCUCUUGAUCAGCGACACCUCCACCCUGACACUGAGCAGCCAGCCUGAAGGUUCCCAGGACAGCGGUGUCCUCACCACACCCCUGGAGAACCUAGAGCGCCAGAGCAAGGAGGCCAGCAUGGACAGGGGCCAGGUCCCACUACCACUGCCAUCUGCUUCCAACACCAGGGACCAGGACGCUGCACCUUUCUGCUGCCUCCCUGUGGGAUCCUCCGAGGAAGGGACUGUGUCUCCGGAGAAGGUGCCAGAGAGGAGAGAUGAGGGCAGCAAAGUGGCUCUGGGGGAGGACGCCACGCCCCAGGACCUGCCAGGAGCAGAAGAAGAGGAGAAGAAGACGCUGAUGAUGCAGAUGGUGAGGCAGAUCCAGGAGGAACCGCUGGACUCGCUGUCCACCUCCGUCCGCCAGCAGGCACUGGAGACUCUGGCCCAGCUGAGCCACACUAGCCCCGCGCUGGUCGCGCAGGAGCGCGGGCAGCUGGUGAGCGCGUGCGUGCGCAGUGUGUUCUCGCUGCCCUCAGUGCGGGCCAUGCAGGAGCAAGAUGAAGCUGCGGCCGAAACCAUCCAGACACUUUACCAUCAGACCCUGGAUGCUCUGCAGACCCUGCUCAAUGCCCUCUUUGUUGAAGACCCCACUCCUGCUGGGCUCAAGAGCAUCUUGGAGCCCUUGGGGCCCUGGAUGAACUCUGGGAAGGCCCACGAGCGUGCUCGGGCUGUGAACAGCAACGUGUCUCUGCUGAACCACACGCUCCUGAGCCUGCCUUUCUAUAUGUCCUCGGGGUUCCCUGCACUGGGGCUUCUGCUGGGGAGGCUCAUUCUUCGUAUUGGGGAUCCGGACGAAGAGAUUGGCCGGGAGGCUCUGGAUGGCAUCACUAUCCUUUACACAAUCCUGGAGCUCCAGAAACGAGCUGGAGAUGAGGACAAAACCAACAAGAAGGAGCUGUAUGAGAGCAACAAGCGCUUUCUGGGGCCCUACGACCCCAUCAGCCCGAGCCAGAACAUUCUACGUGUGAUUGCGGAGUUUGGAGACUUCUUGGGCCCCCAGCAAGUGAAGGACCUGCUGCUGGCAGCUGUGGAGGGGCUGAGGGGAGGCUCGGAGGCUCUGGGGCAGGACUCUGGAGAGAUGAUGCAGCUGGCCUCCGAGGUCACGCUCAGCUCCGUGCUGGAGUGGUACCGCCACAGGGCACUGGAGGUGAUCCCAGAAAUCAUGCAGGGCAUCUACCUGCAGCUGGGCCACAUCCAGGAGCCAAGGGCCCGAGAGGUGGCCCUGCUGCCCGUCUCCUUCCUGGCCAGCUCCUUCAUGACCGAAGUUGUGGUGGCCCUGCUCAUGUGCCCCCUGCCACUGGACAGCAACGGAGCUGAGAUGUGGAGGCAGCUAAUCCUGCGCAAGCCCAGCUGUGACAUCAGAGACCUUCUGGAUCUGCUGCUGACCAGCCUGAAGGAGAAGCCUGUCACCAAGAAAGGCCAGGCCUCCAUCAUGCCCCUGGCGGCAGCCAGUGGCCUGUGUGAGCUCCUAUCCGUCAACACCUGUGCAGGCCAAGUGAGGCGCAUCUACCCCCAGCUGCUCCUGGCCCUGCUCAUCCAGGUCCACUACCACAUCGGCCUCAAGUUGCCUGGCCACAGGGUUCCGGGCAAGGACCCCAAGGACGGUGGGCAGCUUCUCCCCUUCAGGCCUGUACGCUGGGUGGUGAAAGUGGUGAAGACACUGCUGCUGAAGAUGGGCUGCUCACAGGAGGCUGCGUUUGUGGAGGCCGAGGGUGGCUGGGAGCUCAUGGAGCAGGCGGAGGGCCAUCACCUUGGAGUGUCACUGCUGGCCAGGGCCAUGGUGCACUACUCCUGCCAGGAGCUGUGCCGCAUUCUCUACCUGCUCAUCCCACUCCUGGAGCGUGGUGACGAGAAGCACAAGGUCACCGCCACCGCCUUCUUCGUGGAGCUCCUCCAGAUGGAGCAGGUGCGCCGGAUUCCCGAGGAGUACUCGCUGGGGCGGAUGGUGGAAGGCCUGGACCACCGUGACCCCGUUAUGAAGGUGCUGUCCAUCCGGGGCUUGAUGCUCCUGGCCCGCAGGUCGGAGAAGAUGGCCAAGGUGCAGGCCCUGCUGCCCUCCAUGGUGAAGGGCCUGAAGAACAUGGAUGGGGUGCUGGUGGUGGAGGCAGUCCAGAGCCUCAAGACCAUCUUCAAGGGAAAAGACCGGAGGCAGAGGGACAGCUCUGUCUAUGUGGAGAUGCUGCAGGUCCUGCUGCCACACUUCAGUGAUUCAAGAGAGGACGUGCGCUCCGCCUGCAUCAACAUGUACGGGAAGGUAGUCCAGAAGCUUCAGGCUCCCUGCACGCCGGCCAUGGAGGAGCAGCUGACCAACACGUUGGUGCCACUCCUGCUGAUCAUGCAGGAGGGCGAUGCCACGGUGGGCCAGAAGUGUGUGAAGACCCUGUUCCGCUGUUCUUGCUUCAUGGCUUGGGAGUUGCCGAAGACAGCUUAUAGCCGGAAGUCCUGGGACAACAGGCAGCAGGCAGUGGCCAAAAUUUGCAAGUACCUUGUGAACACGCACAAAGACAGCGCCUUGACAUUCCUCAGCCAGGGCCUGGAGUACGCCAAGAAUCCACGGGCUUCUCUCCGGAAAUCCUCAGUCAUCUUCAUAGGGUUCCUGGUGCCCUGCAUGGAGAACAUAAUGACAGAAGAGUGGCGGAAUGAAGUGAAAGCUGCUCUGGAAGACCUGAGACGUGACCCAGAGGCAUUUGUGUGCAUCUAUGCGGCACAGGCCCAGGCCCACAUCCUAGCCAGCUGCCAGCAGAACUCCUGGCUGCUGCCACGUGGGGACUCACUGGUACGUGGCCCGGCCACCUCGCACUGCUGGAGCCCCAGCUUUGAGGACAAGCCCACCUCCCACAAGCGGCGCUUCUGGAUCUCGCAAGCCCUGGACUCCUGGAAAAUGGCCUUAAAGCAGUGACAGCCAGCCCCGGGCUUCUGACUCACUGUAAAGACCCCGUGUGGGUGUUCUGAGCACUUCCUCUGGGGAUGGGCAGAGGUCUGUGCAGACACACUGUGUGC